AUGGAAGCAAUCAACUUCGAUCGGGUCGCAGUUAGUGUUGGUUCAUUUUCUCGUAGCAGCAGCAGCAUCAGCAUCACAUAUUUUUGUCGCUUUCCGGGCCAAAAAUUAAAGGAUGUCGUCUCUCUCUCCAAAGCAAAAAUGCAAAAAGAAAGCGCCGUUGCCGGGGAUCGAACCCGGGUCACCCGCGUGACAGGCGGGAAUACUCACCACUAUACUACAACGACUUCGUUGUUAACAAGAAAGCAUUACUAUGAACAAAGGAGUUACCGUGAAGAAAGGAGUAGUGAUGAGAAUUGGAAAUUGGAAUCCCUGUGGAAUAAUAAGCACGAAGGUGUUGGAGAAAUUUCAAAACAGCGUGUGUUACGAUCAGUCCUGCCAGCCUUUGAAUUAGAUUCAAUGGAGUUGAAGCUGGAGAAAUGCCAUUGGUCAUGA